AUGUCCGUCAGCACGGCGACUGGUCUCGCCAUCACCAAUCCCUUGGUCAAAUACCGCGCUUUGGUCGCAACGAAAGUCAUCAGUCCAGAUCCCGCACAACAUCGCCUCGCAAUACAUCUAUCAAAACUCUACGACCGCCUGAAAGACUACGAACCUGAACAGGAGUACUCGCAUAAACUUGACCAGAUCUCCCGAUCUCUUUCACAUCUACAACAUUCCCGCGGCUCAUCUUCGUCUCCUCCGCCAAGGCGAACAUGGCGAUCGUAUCUUCCCUCGUCAUUACCUCGGGAUACUUUAUCCUUGACCCGCCGGCUCACCUCCCACGAAUCCGCCUUGAAUCUCGACUCUCCGAAAGGACUUAUGCUGCACGGCGAGGUCGGCACUGGUAAAUCUAUGCUGAUCGAUCUAUUCGCGGACUGUCUGCCCAACCGGAAGAAACGCCGGACGCAUUUCAACACUUUUAUGCUGGAGACGUUUGCUAAAUUAGAGGCUUUACGGACUUCGCGGGCACGAAAUGCUUUAGUGGGAGGAGUUAGUGCAUUCGGCACGGACGAUGAGCAUUCUUUACUGUGGCUGGCCAAAGAGAUGGUGCAGACUUCGCCGAUUUUGUUCCUGGAUGAGUUUCAAAUGCCGGAUCGAGUAGCGUCGAAAUUGCUCACUGGUUUGAUGACGGGGUUCUUUCAGCUGGGCGGAGUCUUGGUCGCAACGAGUAAUCGCAUGCCGGAGGAAUUGGCAAAGGCUGCGGGAGUUGGAUUUGCGCCGGCGCCACAGAGGACGUUUGGGUGGGGUUUUGGACUGAGGAGGAAUACAGGUGGUGGACGGCAUAGUGCUUACAAUGAGUUUGCGGCAUUUUUGGAAGUUUUGCGGGCGAGGUGUGAGGUUUGGGAGGUGGAGAGUCGGAGGGAUUAUAGGAGAGUGGAGAGUGGGAGUGUUGCGCCGGUGAAGGGUAUCGACUUGGAAGAUUUCGACACGGACGAUGUGUUGGCGGAGGACGUGCUGGCGGGAGAAGUUGGGAAAAACGAGGAGGAGGAGCAAGUCGCGGUGACGAUGCCACGGCACUACAUCAUGGACACGAAUUCCGAAACGAGCGCACAAGAGGUUGACGGCACUGUCCUUGCCACGCUCAACCACGACUCUUCCAUUGCUGCGAUCCCAUGGCAACCUGCCGCGAUGAACGUCUACGGCCGAACAAUUGCCAUUCCACGAUCAUACCAAGACAUCACCAAAUGGACCUUUGACGAACUCUGCAAGAAAGCCCUCGGUCCCGCCGACUACAUCUCCCUCGCAUCAACAUACUCCACCUUUAUCCUCACCGACGUCCCAAUCCUCGACUGGAAACUCAAAAACGAAGCCCGCCGCCUCAUCACAUUACUCGACGCACUCUACGAAUGUCGCUGCAAACUGCUCGUCACCGCAGCAGCCGGACCAGAUGACAUCUUCUUCCCUGAGGAGAAGCAAAAGGGGACGGAAGACGGAGGCGACUCAGUCUACUCUGAGACUCUGUCCGAAGUCUAUCAAGAUGCUACAGCGCCCUUUCGUCCGAACAUCCUCACUGAGAACCCGAACUACGCUGAACCGACUCACGAACCCGACUACACCCACGCCCGUCUCUCCGGUCUUCUGCGCGCGGACUCACUCGAAGAUGACGCACCGCCAAUGUCUCGAGGUGCGAAGGGUGGUUCGGAAAAGAACCCUUUCGGUCGAUCAUUUGGCGUCACAGAUGCGGAAUUACAGCGUGGGCCGAUCGAUCCGGACGAAGUAAGACACACGUCCGGUCGACCGAACUUUCAAAACACAAGUAAGUUCACCGGCGAAGAUGAGCGCUUUGCGUACAAACGUGCUCAAAGUCGGCUGUGGGAGAUGUGCAGCGCGAAAUGGUGGGCGAGACAGGAGGAAGGCUGGUGGAGACCUACGCCGGCUGAGGUCAGAGGUUGGGAGAGAGCGGCUCAACUUGCCUCCUCGGAUAGUCAAGGUGUUCAAGCGGAUAGAGCGUCGGAAAUCAUGAUGGGUGGUGCGGAGCAGGAUACUUCGAGACCUGCGGAGAGCUUCAAGAAGUUUGAAGAGGAGAAACGAGGAUUUGCAAGAGGUGAUGGUACGGAGGAGAAGCCGAGGAAGGUUGGGUGGGUGCAUUUCUGGGGUACAACGAAGUGGCCGGGGAAGAGAGCUGGGACUUGGGGGCAGGGUGUGGAUGGGUUGGAGGAGAGGGCGCAGGAGAAGGAGAAGGAGAAGGCUGGUGGCGAGGAGACUACCUGA